CAGCCGCGCUUUAAACAGUCGGAUGGGGGUGUAACCGUAAAACCGGUCCUUCCAUCAGGAAACUCGGAUAGCUCGAGUUAAUUUAACACGGAACAACCUGCCGACUGUCUCUGCCUCACGCUUCAUCAUGUUCUCCAUGUCCGAGUAUGUGUCCGGUGACAGCUAUGAGGAGUGUCGGGCCACAGCUGACUGGCUGCUGUCCAGCACGCAAGUGCGGCCCACUGUGGGAAUCGUGUGCGGUUCAGGUCUGGGAGGGCUGGCCGAGGUGCUCAAGGACCCUCAAGUCUUCAAAUACAGUGACAUUCCAAACUUCCCCAGGAGCACAGUGCACGGUCAUGCUGGCCAGCUGGUGUUUGGAACACUAAAAGGAAAGCCGUGUGUUUGCAUGCAAGGCAGGUUUCACCUGUACGAGGGUUACCCCAUCCAGAAGAUCACGCUGCCCAUGCGUGUCUUCAAGCUGAUGGGCGUGGAGACGAUGAUCCUGACCAACGCAGCCGGAGGCCUCAACCAGGACUACAAAGUGGGAGACGUGAUGAUCAUCAAGGACCACAUCAACAUGCCGGGCUUCGCUGGAAUCAACCCGCUGGCUGGACCUAACGAUGACAGGUUUGGUGUCCGCUUCCCCUGCAUGUCUGACGCCUAUGACCGCGAGCUGCGGCAGCUGGCCCUUGAUGUGGCGUCAGAUCUGGGCUACAACGACUUCCUGCGGGAGGGAGUGUACUGCGUCCUGGGAGGCCCGUCGUUCGAAACCAUCGCAGAGUGCCGCAUGCUGCACAGUCUUGGUGCCGAUGCUGUUGGGAUGAGCACUGUCCACGAGGUCAUCGUCGCCCGUCACGCCGGGAUGCGUUGCUUCGCCCUGUCGCUGAUCAGCAACCGGGCGGUGAUGGACUACGACAGCCAGGAGAAGGCCAACCACGAAGAGGUCCUGGAGACGGGCAGGCUGAGGGCAGAGCAGCUGGAGAAGCUGGUGUCCACCAUGGUGGCUCGGCUGGAGCACAACAACAACGCGUACUGAUCAUCAGACCGACGCGGCUGCACCUGCUCUCAGGUCGGCUGUCGAUCUGCUUUAUGGAGAAGAUUUUAAAAAAUGCUUCCAAGAACGCUAAAACACUGUAGUUUUAAACCACCUGGACAGGUUUACUACUCGAUCAGAUAGUUUAAUUAGCUCAUCUUCAUUUUUGUAGUCGCCAUCAACUGUUACUUUAAGUCUUAAUAUCCUGGAAACUCUUUUUAUACACUCCUCUAUCAGCAGCGUUUACAUUUUAAGGUGUAUCGAUGAAUGACGUCACUGUUCUGUACUGCAGUAGUUCAAAUCCCUGCUGUAAUAUAGUGUACUGUAUUGAGACAAGUAGUGUUUCAGUGAAACAGCAUUGUAUUUUCUAACUUAAUAACUUUUUAACUUAAUAAAAUAUUAAUAUUUAUUCUUUUAGCUCUUUUACAUUCCCUGAUAUCAGUCAACAACCAAUCAGAAUAUAGUCAUAUUUACGUUUUAGUUUUUAAUGUAGAGGACCAACUCAUCGUGCAUGUCUUCAUCGGAUCAUGGGCAAAAGAAAGAAAUAAUUGUUUAAUAUGGUGUAAAAGAUGUGUAAAAUGUUCUGAUAUAUUUAUACUGAAUGUAUUUAAGUAGUGUUUUGUUUUUUAUUUGCUUUCGUAGUACAUGAAGUGUUUGAUGGACAGAGGUGCAUAAAGGGAUUAUUUAAUGCAUGAGACAGUUACCAAAGUACUUAGAUUUGAUCAGAAAUUCUUUCUAUGUCUUAUCACUGUAUUAACAGACCGGGUUUAUAGAUGUUUGGGCUUUUAGAGGUACUUGACUAAAACAUGUUCAAACUGUGCAUCUACUUUUACAAUAAAAUGACUCGACUUGAAAA